UGCAAUACAAAAUUUUAUUUGUGACAAAUGUAAACAAGGCGCUUGCGUUAGUUUUUAAAUUAAUUUGAAUUUUAUGUUAGGGAACGAAUAAAAUCUAGAUUUAAAGAGAGAAACUAGUUAUUUAAAAUGAACACACCCGGUCUUAGUAUAUUCCAAGGUGGUGACACUAUGAAAGUGAAUACCACAUUAGAACGUCAAGAGGAAGAGGAGGCGCUGGAGGAUCAAAGACGACGAAAUGUGGAGCUUGGAAAUUUGUUGCAAAAUGCGUUCGAUGACUUGGAAGAUUGUGAAUCUACUGUGGACUCGACUUGCAAUUACCAAUCUGAUAUAAUUGAUACUAAUAAGGCAAUACAGCAUCAUGAUAAUCUUCACUUUGCCGCCCAGAAUAAUAACAAUAAUAUCGAUCAUCAAACCUGUGAAGCCCAAAUAUAUCGCUUAAAGACAAUGUUAGAGUCAAAAACUCAUGAAGUAGAAAAUAUCAAUAAAAUUGCUAAUGAAGAAAUAAAAAAGUGUGACGAAAUGCAGAAGCGUUUAAUAAUAACUGAAGCAGAAUUAUCGCACUCUCUUUCUGCAAAAGAAAGCACGUAUGAGUUAUUAGUGGAGAGCAAGGAAAAAUGCUCCAAUUUAGAAAAUACAAUUGAGAAAAUCAAGUCUGAAAAAAGAUCUUUAGAAAAUGAGAAUCAAGCCUUGCUGGGAAAAUUAGAAACAUCACAGGCUAUAUUAUCAGAUCUACAACAAAAGUUCGACAUGGUGGAACGCGAUGUGUUUAGAAAACACGAUAGGAGUGCUGAGCAGAGGCGUAAGCAAUGGGAAGAACGACAGCGCGCAGAAAAUGAACUGAUACUGCAACAAAUGGAGCAGUUGAAAAGUAAAUUGGAGAAAAAGUCAAAUGAUUUGGAAUGUAUGACAACGCGUUAUAAUGCAUUACAAAGUAGCAAUGAAGCGAUGUUGGUGGAUAAAGCCAGCAAAAUAAAUGAUUUAACUAAUGCACUCAGUGAGGCGCAGCGUAAGUGUGAGGAGCUUUUAACAAAGCCAGAUUAUUUGCAGGAAAAUAUACGCUUACAGAAGUUAGUAACUAAUCUUGAAGAUCAAAUACAAUCAAUGGAGAAAACUAUUGGCACAUUACGUGAACGUUUAGACUUUACUUCAGCAGAAUUGGACGUUAUGGAUAGCGUUUUACAGCAGCACAAUCUUGAAGAUAGUAUGCAUAACAGGCUUAGUCCAACACGUAUGAAAACGAUUAGCACACCACUUACCACAAUGGAUCGAGUACAAAAUCUUAAAGACGAACUGUAUCGUGCUUUGUCAAAUGUGAAAAGUAAGCGGGAAGAAAUACGUAGGCUUACAAAAUGUUUGGAAGAUAAAAAUGCAGAAUUAGAUAAAUAUAGAACUAAAGAAAAUGCUGCACUUGUCGAAAUCACAACCUUGAAAGAACAGAGAUGCAAACUGCACAAUCAAGUAUUAAUGCUGGAAGAAGAAUGUAAACAAUUGGCCAGCAGUUCGUUAGAUAAGACUUAUAAUAAUACGAAAAUUAAAGAACUCAACCAAGAGUUAUUGCAGUUGAAAGAGGAAAAAAUGUGCUUAACGCAACAACAUAAUGAACUAGAACGUGUACGAAGCAACAAUGAAAAAGAGCGUCAAAAACUGGACGCAAAGUUAAAGAAUGUACAAGUUGACUUGGAAGAGCUGAAACAAGAAUACGAUAGUCUUAAAGCAAAUUACGAGCUGUUGGUUGCGGAAAAUAAAAAAUUACAUACUCGCGCAAUUGCUGACAAUGCGCUCCAACUUGAGCUGGAGAAACAGAAAUUUUUACUCAAGGAUGCGCAAUCCGAGUGUGAUCGUUUAAAAAAACUAUACUUGGAGAUAGCGAAUUCUAAAGAUGAGCUGUCAUUUGAGGUCGAAAAAAUGCGGAAAAUGAACAGUGCUAAGGAAUUAAAUGAAGAGCGUGAAAAGACUGCUUCUCUACAAAAAGCAUUACAGUUAACGGAAAUGAAAUCGUCGGAACUGGCCAAAAUCUUAGAAACCGAAAAAGUAUGCCACGAACGAGAAAUGAAAGCGUUAAAGCAAAAAAUUGAAAAAGAACUCACAAACCGCUUUAAGAGUGCCAAGGAAAGCUCGAACAACUGCACAAAGUGUAUUGAUCUGAUGACAGAAGUUACCAAGCAUGAAAUUGCGAAUCUAAAACUAACCAGCACUAAUUCAGAAAAAAAUGAAGAGAUUAUCAAACUUAAUGCAGAGCUUGAGAACACCAAAAUACUUGUGGCUGAACUUACUGAGAAAAUGAAGCUAAGCGAACAGCAGGAAAUACUGAUAAAAGAACUUAAAACAAAGGCACAAAAAUUCGAAGAUUAUAUAAAAAGUCACAGCAGUAGCUCGGAACAUAGUACUACCAAAGAACACGUGUCCAGCGAUAAAAGCGUUUCUACAACACCAGAAUUGAUGAAGAAUGAAGUACAAAAGAUCGAAUCCCGUAUUAGAGAAGAAAUGGCUAAAAUUUUUGCAGUGGAAAUUAAACGUGUCCAACUAAAACUACAACAAAAUGAGGAAAAAUGUCUAUGUUUGCAGCGUGAGUAUCAGCAUGUACUCAAUAAUUUACAACAAAGCCAGAACGAGGUGGAACUAUUGAAACAUGCUAUAUUAACUGAACGUGAAGAAACCGUCAAACACAUAUCUCAGAAGGAUGAAGCAAUCAAGGAAUUAGAAAAGAAACAAAAAACACUGCUAAAAAGUAUUCGUGAAGAAUUGAACCACAAGAAUAAGGAAAUAGAUAAUGCAACGUCGGAACUACAUAAAAGACAGUCGCAAAUAGAAGCAGAACGUCAAUCUAUGAAACUAGUAAUGGCGCAAUGGGAAGCUCAUCGUGACAAAGCAAAUGCUGAAGAAAUUAACUGGAAGAAGAAAUUUGAGGAUUUGAAACAUGAUUUCGAAGAGGCGACUGGAAUUUUACAAAAAAACUACAAUUCAGCAAAGCGAACCAUAAACAAUUAUAAGCGUUAUAACGAAGAUAAGGAUGAGUUCUAUAAAAGUGAAUUAGUGCGGUUGAAGAAUGAAUAUACUGAUAAGCUAGCAAAGGUUAGUGCAGGUGUAUCUGAAUUCAUUAAGAAGAAUGAAGAAAAGCAAAUACAACAGUCACAAUAAUGAAUCGAAAUGAGACUAAUAACGGGAGAGGUGUUCAUAGAAAUAAAAAAGAAAUGGAAAGAAAUGUAAUAUUUUAAGAGACAAAUGGAUAUUAACCUGGUGUUAUUAUCUUUGUAUUUCAAUAUAUACUUUUUAUAAAUAUUUUUUAAAAAU